UCAAAUUACUUUGUCGAUCAGGAAAUGGCAUCAUGGUAGAAACAAACGUUUAUUUUGUUAAUUUUUCAGUUUGUGAACAGCAGAUAUUUUCCAAUCACUGUUUUAUUCCCAGAUCCUGAUUGGAAUAGGGAGAGUGGAUUCCCAGAAUGUUUCUGAUCCUUCUCUCCAUCUCCCUGUGUUUUUCCUGGGCCUCUCCCGAGACUAAUGCACUCACUCGGAUUUACACAAUUGUUGCUGGAUUGAAGGGUUUUCCUGAGGUUACAAACAGUGCAACAGUCAAUGGAGUUAUAAUCGGUUCACGUGACAGUAAAACCCAACGGUGCAUCCCCAGGCAGCAGUUCAUGGCAGAAUUCUUCGAUGUGAAUUUCUGGAAUUAUAUCACAGACCAGGUGAACAAACAUGGAAACCUAGCGAAGGAAACAAUGAGUACAAUAAUGAAGAGGUCAAACCAGACGUCUGGAAUUCACAUUUUUCAACGGAUAACUACUGUUGAGAUCAGUGAUGACAGCAGCAUUAAGAGAUCGAUGAGAUUUGGAUUUGAUGGAAAUGACUUUAUCAGUUUAGAACAAGACACAAUGAGGUGGAUCGCAUCCAAUCACAUUGCAGUGAUGACUAAAGAGAAAUGGGAUUCUGAUGAUUCCUGGAACAACUACUGGAAAAGACACCUGGAAGAAGAAUGUGUUGAAUAUUUAAAGAGAUAUCUGGAAGUUGGAAAGGAAUAUUUCACAAGGAAAGUUCAGCCUGAAGUGUUCAUCUCCAGGAGGGAGCCCAAUGGUCAGGACAAGCCACUCACUCUCUCCUGCCUGGUCACUGGGUUUUAUCCUGUAGACAUCGAGGUGACCUGGCUAAGGAAUGGAGAGGUCAUGUCUGAGACCCAAUCCUUGGGGGUUCGACCGAACCACGAUGGGACCCAUCAGAUCCAGAAAGAGAUUGAGAUCAGUGCUGGGGAUGAGGAUCAAUACUCCUGUCAAAUUGAACACAGCAGCCUGGCAGAGGCCCAGCUCUACCAGUGGGAAAUACAACAAAACAGUGUGGAACGUUCCCAUCAUGUAUUUUUGAUUGGAUUAGUCUCAGCAUUGGCUGCAAUAUUUGGAAUAAUCGUCUGGAAAAGGCCGUGGAGAGGUUGAACAGCGGAUCCCAGAUCCCCAAGUUUGGAUCCUGGCUCUUCAAGAGAGACCUUCUCAAGUCGUGUUUCCAUCCCGUCCCAGAAAUGUGUGCAGUGUCACCAUCAGAGGGAUCCUCACGAUGGUUCCUCCCUCACACUUUCUCAUCUUCACUGUCUUCAGUGGGUCACUGAUUGACCUGAAAUGAGGCAACAUCCUGAGGGAACUCAGAGACAGUUUUUAUAUUGAAAGAAAUUGAUUUUGCAUCUGUCGUUAACAAAUUUCAAAUGUUAUGCAAAUCUCUGUACAUAAAUAUCAGUAUUACAUAUUCUAAUUCUUAGAAAAAUAUAUAAAUAUUAUAAAUCUGA